UAUAACAGUACUACAGUAAUAUACUUAGUUUUAGACCCUAACGUUGAACAGACAAUAAGAGAAAGAAACAAAACAUGGAAGACAGUAGAUACGCUUAAUUUAUUAUAAGAUAUGCAAACACUGCAAGCGCUUUUCUCAUAAAUCCGUCUGGCUACACAAGCCUGCGACCAGCGACAAAAUUCAAGAUGGCGACCCCAGAUUCAAGGAAUGGAGAGGUUGUUCUUGUUAUGUAGGUCGAUGAAACGAUGAGUUUAACUUUAAGUAUACUAUCCGUUGUAAUGAGAAAGUGUGUUUUUCUUUUAGAUAAAGAUAAUCCAAGAGUUUAUGUUUCAAAUAACGUUUUUAGUUUGAAAAUGUAAACUCCAUUUUAAUAAAAAAAUCCGCUAUAGGAAGCUAACUUAAAUCCACCAUCUCGCUCGAGCAAGGCCUGACAAUCAUGCGAGCACUUGUCACGUGAUUCGUAAACCCACGCAGUAGAAGGCUUUGCCAUUAUUAUUGUUCGUCUGCGCCGAAUACCGAUUCGCCGCCUCGAGUUUGACCUCGCUGGAUACAUGAAACAGACUAUAGCUCGACGACUAGGCACCGUUGCUGAUUUCAUCUCCAGUGUUGGACCGAGAUGAUAAACUAAUAAAGCUUGAUAACUUAAUCGUUAGGCUCUUAAUUUGUUGUGUACGUGGACUGUUUUAUGGUUGAUGGUUAAUUAAUAAAUUAGUAAAAGAAUCAAUAAUGCACGAUUUCGUUAUACGCAACGGACGAGUAAUCGACCCGGCUCUUCAGAUAAACCAAGUAGCCGACGUGUACGUGACUAAUGGGCGUAUUUCCAGGGUUGGAAGUCCUCCAGAAGGCUCCCGCAUCUGGAGCUCAGUAGAUGCCUCGGGCUGCAUUGUGACCCCGGGACUAAUUGACCUCCACGUCCAUGCAUACGAACACGCCACGCCCCUUGGCGUGAAUGUAGAUCGAAUGUGUUUGGCAAGGGGCGUCACCACGGUUGUCGAUGCAGGCAGUUCAGGUUCUGCAACAUUCCCAGGACUGAGGAAGUUUAUAGCAGAGAGUAGCAAGACCAGAGUUCUGAGUUUCCUUCACAUAGCUCAACAUGGUCUCGCCUCAGCUGGGUGUGUUAUGAAAGAUGCUGGAGGUGAAUGUGACUCACUGAAUGUGCUGAGGGUUGAUGAAUGUACCAAAGCUAUCAAUGACAACAGGGAUAUGAUAGUGGGAGUCAAACUCAGACUUGCUGUACCUAUAUCUGAUAAUGGAAAAAAUGAAGAGGAGGCAUACAGGAGAGCUCUGCAAGCUGCCAAAACAUGCAAAGUUCCUCUGAUGGUCCACCAUGCUAUUUCAUCUAUUGGUCAUGGUCCUUCCACUGCUGGUGAGUUAACUUGUCCAGGUGAUUUAGGUCAAGGUGACAUCUACACACACUGUUUCCAUGGUCACCAGAGCUCUAUUCUUAAUGAAGCCACCGGUGAAAUAGAUCCUUCCUGCAUAGAGGCCAAAAAACGUGGGGUGUUAUUUGAUGUUGGUCACGGUCAAGGGUCCUUUAGCUGGAGUGUAGCAGAAAAAUGUGUUGCUAAAAAUUUCUUGCCCGACACAAUCAGUACGGAUCUUCACACAGGCAGCAUGUACGGCCCAGCGUAUGACCUGCCGUGUGUCAUGACCAAAAUGUUGCAUGCUGGGAUGGCAUUGGAAGAUGUCAUUGCUGCAGUGACAUCAACACCUGCAAGGGCUGUUGGGAAACAGCAUGAGAUUGGCCAGCUAGGAGAAGGUUUUACUGCUGACAUUACCAUCCUAAAGCUGGAAGAUGUGGUAGAGAAUCUAGAAGACUGCGCAGGGGAAGUAAGAACAAUCACCAAAGCGUUUAAGCCUGUAGCUGUCUAUGUGGGUGGUGAGGAGUAUCCAGUAGUGGCUGAGAGGUCAUGGCCAAAUCUGACCAGCCAACAGGUGUGCCAAGCUCGUAUGGAGCAGAUGAGAGCAGAGGAUGUAUUGGUUAAAUGACAACCUGUCACUGGCUGCCAAUCUGUUUACGUCACAAUUCCAUGUGCCAUUUGUUGUGUUUUAUUUAUGAGAACCUUUUUAAUAUAUAAUCUUACCUCAUACUUGAUUUACACCUAGAAAACCUUUAUUUUGUUAGAAUGAAAUUUUAAUGAUCAAGAUAAAUCUUAUUUUAUAAGAAAAAUAGUAAAAACUUUACAUGAACACAU